UCUACCUCUACAUCCGGGGGCCGUUGUUUUCUGUUGACCGCUCCAAUAUGAUGUAUCAAGCUCCGUGAUUCCCACCGCUGGUGGAAUGAGGGACCUGGUAACCGGUAACCAAACCAAACAGACUUCUGGAGACUGACACUACCCGCUGUGUCUGUCGGUAUUUAUUGUAACGGACAGUAGCUAAAUCGCUGACAGUCGGACGCAGCUUAGUUUAAUUGUUUUAACAAUAUUUACUCCGACACAAACCAACAUGUCGGAGAGCAUCAGCUUAUUCGAUUUGUUAAACGUAUCCAUCGGAACACCCCACGAAAGCUCCGUCAACUUCAGCGCCCUUCACGCGCUCCUCCUGGCGGUGCUGAAACAGCUGGACAUCCGGGGGCUAAAGAUCCAGUGGAGAGGAGGCACUCUUCCCGGAGAAACGUCCCCGGUCACCCCAGACCGACCACUUGAGGGGGAGGAUGAGAAGCUGGGUGCGAAAGCGCAGAGGGACGUCUCUGAUUCGGAGCAGCAGAUCCUGUCCGGUACCGAUGGUUCUCCGAUCCCGGACCCUGCAGCUGCGAUCUUGACCCGCAUCCAGACCUGCGAAGGCGGCGUGUCAGAGGCGUUGGAGCUAGUUCAGGACCUGCAGAAACAGAAAGAGGGUCUGCUGGAGAAGAUCGAGGAGCUUCACCAACAAUCCAAGGGUGCGGACGCUCAGGCACGAACAGAGGUGGAGAAGUGCUGCCACCGCGUGGACACUCUAGAGAACACUGUGAGCUCUCUGAGGGAAACUCUUCAGAAAUAUCCAGAACCAGAGAAGCUGAGUCAGAGCCUCAGCUUUGUGCAGUCGGCCCAGUUCAACGCACACCUCAGCAAGGGACCAACAAACACAGAUGUCAGGGAUUCAACCACGCCAGUAGAACCCCACAGUCCUACCAUCAGACCUCCUCACACCCCCCCAUCCUCCUCACCCGAUGAGCAAGGCACCACACCAGCAGCUCCCUCUGAAAUCGCCAACACCUCCGAGGCCUCCUCCGACCCACCUGCUCAGGUCAAAGGUGACCCAGACACAACAAAAGAUGACAUGGACUCGUUUGAGAAGAUCAGCAGCUCACCGUGGUACCAGGAGAUGAUGGUGGCUGUGAAGACCAUCAACAAACUGCAGAAGAAAGUCACCCAGCUGGAGGUUUGCUUAUUGGAUUUGGAGGAACAUAAGAUGGACCAGGUCCAGCUGGCUCAGCUCAACGAGCUCAUCAGCAACAAAGGUUCUGUUAGGCACAACAACAUGAUGGCCCAGCUGAACCAGCAGAAAGUUUUGAUAGAGGACCUGAUUAGUGACCGAGACAAGCUGGACAACCUGGAGGAGAUGGUAAUGACACUAACGAUGAAGGACAGAAGCAGCAGCUCGGUGCCGGCCUCCGAGAGUCUGAAUGUAGAGAGCCCAGCGUUUGAUGAGCUCAGACAGCAUGUGUUGUAUCUCAGGAAGUCUUUACAGAAACUGGAGGAAGGCAUGAAGUCUCUGAGGGAGCAGCAAGUUCAGCUGGAGGAAAGAUGUUCAGACCAGAACCUGCAGGAUCAGCUGGAUGACCUGCGGGCCACGCUAGAGGACACAAUCCUGUCCGAGACCGCCCCAAUGUCCAGCGGCCUCCGAGACAGGAGUGAGAAGCAGGGUGUUGGUGAGGUCACUGAGAGGUCACAUCAAACCUCCAUCCCUGUAGACGCUGGCGGUGAGCUCAGCCUUCUGCAGCAGCAGCAGCAGCAGCUGCAGGACGUGGUGAACGGUCUGAUCCAGCAGCUGAACCGAGUCAAAGCGCUGCAGCUGGAGGAGAGACAGGCAGCCAGAAAUAUUGGACUAGCGAAGGACGUGCAGCGGGCCAUUCUGCAGCUUCAAGAAGACAGUGAAAAACUUCAGAAGACAACCAGGAUCCUGCAUGAGGACAGUGGACAGAAACAAGGGCUGAUCGAGGAGCUUUACGCCAUGAUGGAGGAGCUGGAGGUGAAAACGACCAACACGCAGACACAGGAACAUAAAACUCAGAAGACAGAAGGACCGGUUGUUGUGGUGAAGGAGCAACCGGAGACCGAGGUGCAAGAGUUUCCAAAAAACGUGGUGCUUCCGGAAGAGGGCUGGCAAGAAUUCUCCCACAGACUUUCUUCUGAGCUGGAGACAAAAGUGAACAGGAUUGAGGUGGACUAUUUGAUGCUGCAGCUGGAGAAACGUUGGAAGACCAUUGAAGACAAGCUUAACUCUGAACUCGACAACGCCUGUUUGAUCAAAAGAGAGCUGUUUCACUGCCUGUCCUGUGAUCGACCCGUUCUGAUGCAAGUCCCCGGACCGAUUGUGAACACACUUCCAUCGUAUCCUGCGCUUCCCUCCCACAAGUCGACCAGGCCGCUGAACGCAGACCUGCAGCAGAACAAGAGACUGAAACCAGGAGCCAGCCGCUACAACUGCUGGAUGGGCACCCCUGGCAGGAAGAGGGUGGCGUUUCAGAGGAGCUACAACGACAUGUGCAGACAGAUAGACAGCAUGACGUCAGCAUGGAGACGGCAGGAAAACUGGGACAACACCAACCAGAAUCCGGCAGGAGUCCAGCAUGAGUGGACCUCUGAGCUGAUGGACAACCAGGCGGUGCCGCGGAGCAGUGGGGGCAACAGCCUGCAGGGCACCAAGCUCCUUACUCACACACAGGCGGAGGGCAUGACUCAGGAGAUCGGUGUCAUUGGACUAGACGGUCACCUGUACAAAGACUGCCUGAGCAUCCAGGCUCUGAAGAACACUGAAACCAAACUACCUACAAUCGCCACCAAAGACGCUGCAGGCACGUGCAAAAUAAAGAACAAGGCCAAGAACUCCGCCUCCCAGAGACGUGCUGUGCCCCUAGAAGUGGGACAGACCACACCUGUCCAUCAGCUCCCCCCCAGUGCCAGGAGCAUGCAGUGCAGCCCCCCAGCCUCCAGCUGCUCUGGUCGGGACUGGCCCGUCUCAGCUCUGGGCUGCUGCACGUCGCAGAGCUCCAUCACUCAGACUUCUGCUGCAGCAGAGAGCGCUGAUGAUCCUCAGAUCGAUGAACCACUCGACCUGUAGGUGGCGGCAGAGCUCUGCUGAAAGACUUCCGGUCCCAUAGGUAACCUUCACCUCUCCGAAGACUGAAACUAAAUAAAUUUUAUCAGAGGCAUCGUC